UUUGAUCUGUGAUUUUUCUGUCAUUUCUUUUCUUUAAUCAUGUUCACUAUACGUAUUAGUAAACAUUUAAAUAUGUAAUUUAUGGUAAAUGAAUAAUGUUAAUAUUUUUUUACAGUCUAUCAAUUAUUAGACCGUUCAUGCAUAUUCUGUAGUAAAUAUGAGUACAAGAGGAUUAUCUAAAAAGGAGUUGGAGGAGCUGCGCAAGAAGGAAGAGGAGGAAGCGGCGGCACAUGUCUUCAAAGAGUUUGUGGAGACAUUUCAAGAAGUACCUAGCACUACUUCUAAAGUGUGGGUUAAGGCAGGAACUUACGAUGCAGGUGCUAGAAAGGAGGACACGUCAGAGCGUGGGAAGCUAUACAAGCCAGUAUCGCGCUUGGAGGAGAAGCGCGGCGGCAGCGAGGCAGACGUGGUGCGCAGUCUGGCGCAGCGGCCCGAGCCGCCCGUGCGGCCGCGCGCCAAGCAGAAGGGCCAGGACAAGAAGAAGAGCAACCUGGAACUCUUUAAGGAGGAACUAAGGCAGAUACAAGAGGAGCGCUCCGAGCGGCACAAGUAUAAGAACGUGCUGCGGGAGCGCGGCGUAGUGGGCGUGGAGCCCGUCGUCGACGUGAUGCCAGAUAUUGGCUCCUACGACACUGGUGACCCCAACACUACCAAUCUUUAUCUAGGCAACUUGAACCCAAAGAUAACAGAGCAGCAGUUGAUGGAGAUAUUUGGUCGGUACGGUCCGCUAGCCAGCAUCAAGAUUAUGUGGCCGCGCUCGGACGAGGAGAAGGCGCGCGGCCGCAACUGCGGCUUCGUCGCCUUCAUGUCGCGCAAGGACGGCGAGCGGGCGCUCCGGUGCAUCAAUGGCAAAGAGAUAAUGAACUACGAAAUGAAGUUGGGGUGGGGCAAAGCGGUGGUGAUUCCGCCAGUGCCUAUCUACAUCCCGCCGGCGCUGCAGCAGCCUAGUAAGCCGCCGCCGCCCUCCGGCUUGCCCUUCAAUGCGCAGCCGCCUAAGCAUCUCGUUAACAAGAUACCGCGAAUUCGACCUGGAGAGUAUUAUCCUAGCGACCCCGAGGAUCAGAAAACUUAUGAACAGAUAUUAUCACAAUCUAUCGUCAAAGUCGUGGUACCGACAGAGAGGAACAUUCUGAUGCUAAUCCACCGUAUGGUGGAGUUCGUGAUUCGCGAGGGGCCGAUGUUCGAGGCGAUCAUCAUGAACAAAGAGAUGAACAACCCGUUCUUCCGGUUCCUGUUUGAGAAUCAGUCGCCGGCGCACGUGUACUACCGCUGGAAGCUGUUUUCUAUGCUGCAGGGCGACUCGCCCAAACAGUGGUCGUUGGAAGACUUUAGGAUGUUUAAAGGCGGGUCAGUAUGGCGGCCGCCAGUGAUGAAUCUGUACACGGCCGGCAUGCCCGACGAACUGGUCGAGGAGGACGACGCCAAGGAUAACAUACGCGGCACGCUCUCCAACAACCAGCGCGACCGGCUGGAGGAGCUGGUGCGCACGCUGACGCCGGCGCGCGGCGCGGUGGGCGCGGCCAUGGCGUGGUGCCUGGAGCACGCGGAGGCGGCGGCCGAGGUGGCGGCGUGCCUGGCCGAGGCGCUGGCCGGCGCCACCACCGCGCCGCAGCGCCGCGUCGCGCGCCUCUACCUGCUCUCCGACAUCCUGCACAACGCCGGCGCCAAGCUCACCAACGCCAGCGCCUACCGCGCCGCGUUCCAGCAGCGCCUGGUGGAGAUAAUGCGCGCGUGUCACGCGGCGUACAUGCGCAUGCCGUCGCGGCUGCAACAGGAGGGCUUCCGCGCCCGCGUCACGCGCAUCCUGCAGGCCUGGGCCGACUGGGCCGUCUACCCCACCGACUUCCUCAUGCACAUCAACGAUGUCUUCCUUGGACUCGAUAAGGAAAGCAACAGGAGGGCCGAGGGCGGGGCGGUCGGGGCGGGCGGGGAGGGCGGCGAGGCGGAGGGCGGCGCGGGCGCGGAGGGCGGCGGCGCGGCGUCGCCGGCGCGCUCGUCGUCGUCCGAGUCGUGGGAGGGCGGCGGCGGCGGCGCCGGCCCGCUGGACGGCGCGGCGCUGCGCCGCCUGGCCGCCGAGCGCCGGCGCGACGCCGCGCCCGCGCCGUCCGCGCACCACGCGCAACACGCGCCGCCCGCGCAACACGCGCAACACGCGCCGCUGCACGCGCGCGCCGCGCUCGACAUGGACAUCGACGGGGUGCCCGUGGACGAGGAUAUUGACGGCGUGCCGCUGGACGCGGAGGCGGAGGGCGGCGCAGUAGGCGGCGGCGGCGGCGGCGCGUUCGUGCCGUCGCGCUGGGAGAGCGUGGAGCCCGAGCCGGCCGCCGACUGGGCGCAGCGCACGCCGCCCGCGCCGCCGCCUGCCGCCUCGCCGCCCGCCGCGCCCGCCGCCGCCGCGCCCGCCGCGCCCGCCGCGCCCGCCGCGCCCGCCGCGCUCCACGCCGACACAGAGGAGCAAUCCCUGAAGCGGGAAACGCUGCGUGAGAUCGAAGUCCGCGUGCUGAAAUACGCAGACGAGCUGGAGGCUGGAGUGCGGGCACGGCGGCCCGGCCUUACCACCCACCAGCAGCUGCAGCACUACCGCCGUAAACUCAUACGGAAGGCGGCGCGCGAGGCGAGGGAGGCGAGGGAGGCGAGGGAGGCGCUGGAGGAGGCGCGCGAGUCGCCCGAGCCGCGCCGCCGCUCGCCCGACGACGACGCGUACUCCACAACAUCUUCGAAGAAAUCAAAAAAAUCUCGUGAGCCGUCAUUGUCGCCGCCUCCUAAACGACGAUACGUCGAACGAAAGUCAAGGUCAAGAUCAAGAUCACGAGAAAGAGAUAGGGAACGGGAGAGGUCGCGGGAACGCGAACGAGAACGGGAGCGGGAGAGAGAAAGAGAUCGUGAGAGAGAAAGGGAAAGACGUCGUGCUCGCUCGCCGGCCACGCCGCCUGGCCACCACCACAGGAAACACAGUAAACACGCCAAAUAUAAGUAUUAAGCGCAGUGGAGCAUCGAAUUGCUUUAAUGUAAAUAAAUGACCUAAGAUAUUUUU